UUCGAUAGUACUGUCACUUUCUGACACCGAUCUUGUUUCUUUCAGUGGGUCGAGCCCUAGUUUUUGUAAUUUACGAUAAAAUAUCCAUAAGACCUUUUUUUAUAGUACCUAAGCAUCAUAUAAUCACAAAUUGACGCAGGAUGUUAGAAGAAUUUGAAAGAUUAAAAUAUUGUGUCUUCUGAUUUGAAAUGGAAAGUGAUCUUCUCCCAGCAAGAACAUUUGGGAAUAUUCGCAACAUCGGAACUACAACAAAUGCUAUUGUAAACGCUCAAUUUAAUUAAUCCCAUUUAGGAUUUGAAAACAAAUUUGCAUACAACAUGAAGAAGCAAUUUUUUCGUGUAAAACAGCUGGCUGAUCAAACAUUCCUUAAAGCCGAGAAAUCAAAAACUCUCAGUGAUGAAGAACUUCAAAUUGCUGAUCACAAAGUUGAGUAUUUACGAAGUGCAUUGAUGGCAAUAAAUAAAAAGUUACCUCCCAGUGGACCGAAUAUAGAUGUUGACAAAAGAGCAAAAAAGUGCUUGGAAUACCAACUUGGUACUAUCUUUCUCGAACAAAGCUAUAAAAAAAAAGAAAAUGAGAUAUUUGAUGGAUAUGCAGAAUGCAAGUUAUUUCAAGAUAUAAUAAGAGAAGCAGGAAAUAUAGAACAACAAUUAGCCAAGGAAUAUGCAGAACAUGAAAUUAAAGUUGAAGAUUUGAUCAGCAUACCGAUUCAAAAAUUGAUCGAUACAGAAUUUCCAAGCAUUUCAAAGUAUAAAAGGAGCUUAUCCAAGUAUUCAUUAGAUAAAGAUUCGACAAAUAGUAGAUACCAAGCUACUAAAAAAGAAGCAUUGAGAGAUGAAUUGGAGGAAGCAGAUGUGAAAGUAGAACAAUGUCGAGAUGUCCUUGCUGUUGAAAUGUUCAACCUUUUAGCUAAAGAGAACGAAUUUGCAUCAUACAUAUUACAGCUUCUCAAGCUUCAGAGAGGAUAUCAUGAGAGUGCCUUAAAUAAUUUGCAGAGUAUUAUACCUAUGUUGGAGAAAAAAAUAGGUCACAGUUGUGUUAAGAGAGUUUUUGGAAUACCACUCAAAGAGCAUUUAGCUGUAACUGGAAAAUAUGUUGCUUACCCCCUGGAGAUCUGUAUCGCAGCAUUGACAGAAAUCGGCAUGUUUGAAGAAGGGCUCUUCAGACUGACAGGUAGCAUGACGAAGGUGAAGAGAUUCAAGGCUUCAAUAGACUCCGGAUGUUUUUGCGGAAUAAUUCCAGAAUAUCGUGAUGUCCAUGUGAUUGCUAGUGUUUUAAAAUUAUACCUUAGGGAAUUACCAGAACCACUUCUAACUUAUAGUCUAUACAAUGAGUGGAUGCAAGUUCUUAAUCAGCCGGAAAACCAAAGGGUAGACUACGUUAAGAAAAUUCUCAAUAAGUUACCUAAAGAGAACAUGGCAAACUUAACUUAUUUAAUUCAGUUCCUCGGAAAACUCUCCCAUAACACUGUCAAUAGAAUGAGCUCUUCAAACAUUGCUAUUGUAAUGUCACCGAAUUUGUUGUGGUGUCAGAAUGACGAAGCGAAUCUAAUUAUGGGAAAUUGUGCAACUACGAAUGUCCUUGUAGAGUUAUUCAUCAAAGAAGUGGACGUACUGUUCACCGACAAUGUGUCCCAGUAUGUCACGCCCAUGAAUUUAUUCAUCGAAGACGAGAAGUCUAUGAAAACAGACGGUGAACAUCACAGUGAUUUGAAUACAAGCUCGGAAAAUAUUUUGAUAACAGAUAGUCCACGGCCCAACACUAGGAAGAAGAAAGCUGCGCCUGUACCUCCGAAUCCUUCUUUCAGAACCGAUAACGAUCUUCCGAUAGACCGUGCAUCCUUAUCAUCUUCUUAUCCCUCAGGGAGUGCGACGUUAUCUAGGAAACCAAAGGAGAAUAAACCGAAAAUUACUAUUGGUACCAAUACUGACGGUAAUUCGAAUCUAUCUCGCAGGGCUAGUUUUCAUCAAGACGAUAAAAAAUCUUUGAAGAACUGUCCGGAAAGUAGAGAGCCUUUACUAGUCAAUAAUGUAGAACAUAAAAUCGUCCCUAUACCAAAUGCUAAUAUCCACGUUUCGAAAGCUGAAAGUGUUCAGGCCCCCGUACCACAAGUUGCGAAUGAAGAAAAGAAAUUCAAGACGACCAUCACACAUACAGUGAACAACCCCAGUGACAAUAAACCAGUAGCAGCUCCUAGAAGUUUCGUAGAAACCAGUGAGAAGAACCAUUCUGUAAAUCGAACUCCCUCCGUGCGUAGUUCUGUAAGAAACGACUCCAUUUCUGAAGAAGUUCAACUCCGACGUCCUGAAGUUGUUAAACCCGAAAUUCCUGCUCGUCCGGCUUCGUUGCAGCAAAAACGAUCAUCUUUCGAACUCCUAAUUGAUCCUAGCGUUCAAAAAACCCAGUGUUCUGUCUACUCGGUCGCCAAUAAACAACAUCCGAGUUUUGUGAAUAUUCAGAAUAGGGGCGAAAAGUAUCAAUUGGGUCACGAUAGUCAAAUAGCGGAAAAGGAGAAAUUUUUGGGGCACCAACCUUCUGAUAAGGAGACUCGGACCCCAUUGCCUAGAACGAAGUUGUCAGAGUUCACCCCAGACAAACCACCAAGUGGUGCUUCUGACAGAAACUCUAUAACAAGUAUAUCUGAGAAAUUCUUGAAUUACGAAAGGCAGUUAAAAAAUCCCGAAAAACCUUCGAUAUCAGAGAAACCUCAUUUUGUAACGGAGAAAAUUCAAGUUAUUUCCGAAAAGAUUAAUACAAACAAUGAAAAAGACGAUUUUGAGUCCGAGGUAGACAACUCACAAAAGGCAGCUGAAGAUAGAAGAAAAGUUCAGUCAUUGGUAGCGGAUAGGAGUUCGAAGUUUACAGAAAGGCUGAAUAAUUUACCGGAGAAGCCAGGUCUUCCUCCCAAAAGCCUCUCCAAGUCUUUAGUUGAUCGAUCGAAUAGUGGUAGAUCUAAUCUCAAAUUGAAAUCAGUCAAAUCGAAUGAGAAACUGAACGAGAUAUCGAAUGGGAGCGAUCAAAGGAAAUCUAGUCACAGUAGGACGCGGUCUGAUGGUAAUCUUAUCGAUUUGAAAGGGGAUUCUCCGCUCUCCCCUCUAACCCCCAUAUCCCCCCGUGGUUUGAGUAAGCCUACUCAGCCUCCGCCACCCCCUCCAAUUCAAGCGAAAAAAGCAGAUAGUGAUAGUACUAAUUUGUAAAUUUGUAUGUAUUUUAUAGAAUAUUUUUGUCUAGUGAUAAUCCGUGAUUUAAUAUUGAUGCUGAAUGGCUUUUCAAACAGAUAAUUGCAAGGAUUCCAGAAAAUUCCUCAAGUAACAACAAUUUUUCAAUAUUAUAGCUGAGAACUGAAAUGUAAAACUAGUACCGAUCAAAAUUUGACAGGAACGAUUCAGCUAAUGACAUCUUAAGUUUGAUUUUGGCUUGUAUUUAGAUCCCUUUAUGUCUUUUUAGGCUCAUUAUGACUUCAAACCUUCAAAAAAAAUUAAAAAGAGUGAAAAAAUUUUUUUUGAGAACAAUUUCUAAUUUUAUAUUCUACCCUCAUCAAGCUGAUUCCAAGAGCCUUUUCGAAUUUAUUCAUUUGAUGGUUGGAGUAUAACUGUUGUUAAUUAUUGAUCAACAAAGCAUCCAUCUUACAAUUUUUAAUCUGAAUCUUCUCCGAGUCAAAAUUUGGUUGGCUCACCUGUAUAUUAGAUAAAAACUCCAUUGUGCCAUAAAAAUAGUAUCAUAAACUGUAACGAAGAUUUUCAAAACAUCAUCUCCUGAAUAUCUAUUAUCAUGUGUAAAUAUUAUUAUCAGACAAAAUACUUCAUAUGGAAUUCAUUUCAAAUUCCUAAUUUUUUACAAGAAUGCAUUUCAUUGACCAAAAUCGAUGUACUAUCAUAUCUUCAUUAAUCUCUCAGUUCAAAUGUGAAUUUGCGAAUGUUGAAAAUACUAUUUUCCGGUAUUAUCCUCUUCCUUUUGAUAGUGGAUGUGAAUUAUAAUUCAAGUUGUACGAAGUUUGUAUCAACCUCAAAUCAUGAGGUUGAUUAUCAAACUGUAAGUUGCUGAAAUCAUCAAAUAUUCCCCCAGCUUUUUCAUUUCAGAAUUGUAUGUUUGUGAGUUUCUUGAGAAUUUUUGUGAUUCUUGUUUCAUGAGAAUUAAAUUUGUGACAAUUAUCUGUGAGAGCAAUAUGCACAAAGUUGCUGCUGUGAAUUCUAAUUGCAAAGUUCUGAGGUAAAAAUCUAAUUUUACUAUUUCAGAAGAGGCUUUGUAUAUUUCGUACUAUCAAAAAAGUCGACUGAUAAGAAAUCAAAAGAAAAAAAUUAAAAAAAUUGUUUCUUUGAAGUAGACAAUUGUUGAAAAAAUAUGUUUCGAAUGUUUUUAUUACUAAAGUUUAUUUAAACCAGAUAUUUUUAAAACUAAUUCACUUUAAGUUUGAAAGGAUAUAUAUUUUUAUUUCAUUGCUUUCAUCUAUUCAUCCAAAGAUUGUAUUCUUCGACUUUAUUGUGAAACUAUUAAUUUUGUAUGUGAUAUGUUCGUUGCUCAUAUGUAUUUUUGAAGACAGUCAUGACACAUUUAAAUAAAAGCAUUUUUAUGAAAAUUAAUAUUAAGGGCAUUGAUUUUUAUAUAUUCAUCAUCUAUUUUUUUACAUAUCUUGAUAGAGAGAUAUAAUCUUUGGAAAUAUAUCUGUGCUUCAAUAUCAUUUUUACGUAUAAAGAACCUCAAGGUAUUUUAAAAUGAAAAGUUGUCUUUUUCUGUUCCUCUUUAACAAAUGCUUUUUACAUAAUAAAUUUUAUUCUUUCCA